AAAAAAAUUGCCGCAGCGAAACAGUGGCGUGAAUAUAAAACAAGUGAGGGGCGCCCCUAUUAUUACAAUAUCGAAACAAAAGAAACCACAUGGAUAUGCCCAAAAGAUUUCGAUCCUGCAAUUCGAGUGGUGAUCAUAGGCAAAAUCGUACAUUCUGUGAAAUGUAAAAGAAUAGCUGCAGUAAAAAGUGGCGCAGAUUUAAAAGGAAACGAUGCGCUGAAGACCGAACCGGCUGGUGAGUCCGACUUGGAGAAAGCAAUGCUGGCCACUCUGAGGUCGCUCGAACAACCCGCCGGCGCAACCAAAGCCGCUGAAGGUGCGCCGACGACCGAUGAGGACAAGGAUUUGAAGCAAAAGCAGAGCGACAAGUUCCGCGAACUACUGCGCGACAAAUACAAUGAAGGGAAGAUCUCAUCGACAAGCUCAUGGGAGAAUGCGAUGAGGUACAUUCAGGCUGACCCGCGAUUUCGAGUUUUGAAUAAAGUCAGCGAGAAGAAGCAGUUGUUCAAUGCAUGGAAAGUGCAGCGACAGAAAGAAGAACGAGUAAGUUCAUGUUUCUCACUUUCAGCGACAUGCUUAUGUCAUCUGUAA